UUUUUACUUCUUGGAGAUGUGUCUUGUCUUUGGAGCUUUCUCUUAAUUCGACCUUGUAGGUUUUUUAUAUUAAUAAUAGAGUUCGGGACCGGGCCUGGGACCGAGUUUUCCUUGCACAAUAGCCCGGAGAUCGAUAUUUUGAUAAAAUUAGAUUUUUGGGGGUUUUCAGGGUUUUUAGGGUUUAGUCAGGAAAACUCGUCCCUGGGUGCGUUUGGAAGUCAAACUCUUAAAAAUUAAAAAUAAUUCUUAAAAUUUAGAUGGUUAUAUGUCAACAUUUCUUCACCAAUCAAUGUCUUGAGCUUUCCAAUGCACAGAAGAUUCAAUCCACCAUCCAGCAUUUUGAACAACAGUUUAACAGUUUCCGAUUUUUUGAAGAAAAAAUAUUCUGAUUUUGCUCCAAAUAAAAUUCAAAAAAGGCAGACAAACUCUUCUGUGGCGCAAAAUGUUUCUUACAGUUUAAAUUUGUCUGAUUAUGGAAAUACUCAAUACUACGGCAAAAUCGAAAUUGGAAGUCCUCCACAACGUUUUAAUGUUCUCUUCGAUACAGGCUCUUCCAAUCUUUGGAUACCCUGUUCUAACUGUAAUAACACUGCGUGUAUUCAACACAAUUCCUUUAAAUGUUCAAAUUCAACUAGUUGUUCGCAUACUGGAAAAAGUUUUACUAUAAACUAUGGAACUGGAAGUGCUACGGGGGAAUUGUUGAAUGAUACCGUUUGUUUUGGCAAUGAAAGUUUGGGUAUCUGCACGGAUUCCAAUCAAGGAUUUGGUUGUGCAACAAGUGAACCUGGGUCAACUUUUGAGGAUGUUGCGUUUGAUGGAAUUCUUGGAAUGGCUUGGAAUUCAAUUUCUGUGGGUCUUGUCAGUCAGCCAUUGUCUCAAAUAUUCAAAAAUCAACAACUUUGCGCUGAAAAACGUUUUGCUUUUUGGCUUACCAAUGACAAUUAUGAUGCUACCAACAGCACCAUUGGAGGUGAAUUUACCCUUUGCGGGACUAACAGUGAGCGAUACAAGGAGCCAAUCUACUGGUGUCCUUUAAUGUCAACCGAUUAUUGGCGUUUAAGCCUUACAUCGGUCAGCUUGGACUCUCUUGUGUUAUCAUCUUCCAAUGCUUCAGCAAUUUUGGAUACUGGAACUUCUCUCAUAGCAGGGCCUUCUUCAAUAAUCAACAAAAUUAACGCAAAAAUUGGUGCCCAAAAUUAUCUUGGAGGUUGGCUAAAUUUAAAUUGCUCAACUCUCAAUAAACUUCCUUCUGUUCAUUUUACACUUGGUGGAAAUAAUUUUACUUUGGAUCCAGCAGAUUAUGUCAUUCAGAUAGAUAAAACUACGUGUCUAAGCGGAUUUGCAUCAGUCGAUUUAACUGGAAAUAUGUGGAUUUUGGGCGAUUUAUUUAUUACAAAAUGGUACACAAUUUUUGACCAUGAAAACAAAAGAGUUGGAUUGGCUGAGGCUAUUUGACAAGUUUUUUGAGUUUUUUAAUUUUUUCGAAAAUAUACCUGUCAUUUUUAAUCUCUCAAAUAUGUUUUUUCUGUUCCCAACUUUUUUAUUGUUUUUAUCUAAACGAUUUAAUCCCUCAAAAAUAAGCUGGGCUAGA